AUGGCAAUUAAACUGAGAACUCUUAGCUUGCUUUUGUAUAAAAAUUUAAUAAUUAGAAGAAGGCAUUGGAAAACGACAAUAUUUUUACAAUGUUUAAUACCUAUUAUCCUCUUUAUAUUGAUACAAUUUGUGAGAGAUUUUAGUGUGCAACCAUCUCGUGUGAUUAAUGAAAAUACAUAUUAUCCUAUAGAAAUGAAAGAAGAAUUAAUAGUAAUAAAUAGAGAUUUAAACUUUUUGUACUAUGAACCACAGAAUUCAUUUACAAAAAGUAUUUUCGAAAAAAUUAGAAUGUGUUUAAAACUACCACGUGAAAAUGUAGUUGGUUUUUCAUCUGAGGAUAAUAUGAUUAAAGCUUAUACAGAAUUACAAGUUAAAUCUCCUAAUAUUGAGGUUAUUGGCCUUGUAUUUGAACAAUAUAAUACAACUGAUAUAAGGUAUAAAAUCAGACAUACUUUUAAAAUUCCUAAUGUAUUAUUCCAAAACAUAUUUAAUGAACUUGGAUGGAAUUCACAUGCCAUAUAUUUAAGUAAAGUACCAUUUGUACAAUUACAAAUGUGUGUUGAUGAAACUUUUAUAAAUCACAAAGCAUCAAAUUCUAUGAUGAAUACAAAGGUGUCAAUACAACAAAUGCCUUAUCCUCCAUAUGUUAAAACAGAUGACUUUGAUACGUUAUUAAGACUGGUGAUAUGUACAUUUGCUGUGAUAGCAUUUCUAUUUCCACUCUGUGUAGAAACGAACUAUGCAACAAAAGAAAAGUACAUUGGUAUAAAUGUUUUAAUGGCAAUGAAUGGAGUCAAACAGUAUCAAAAUUUAUUAAGUUGGUUAAUCACUGGCACUGUAUUCAGUAUUUUUUAUAUAAUACCAAUGAUAAUAUUGUUUAAGAAUACUUUUUCUGCAAAUGUUGAUCCUUACUUGUAUUAUAGUAAUACAUAUAUAUUUUGGUUGAUACUUACAGCUCAUGUUGCUCAUUUAAUAUCAUUUGGAAUGCAUGUUGCUGCAUAUUUCUCAAAACCGCGUUUUGUUAUAACAAUACUGUUAAUUGUUUAUAAUGUUGCCCUUAUGCUACGUACGAAUUUGGAAAGGGAAGAAGUUUUUUCAGUAAUACCAUAUUUGGGCAUAUUGUUUCCAAAUAUAUUAUUAUAUAGAUUCUUUCAAGAAAUAAAUGCAUAUGAAGUUCAAUUGACUGGUAUUCAAUGGUCAAACAUAUUUUUUGCUGGGGAAACACAGUAUGACACUACUGGAUGUAAUGGAUUUAUAUUUAUUUUUUCUAUUUUGGGUACUUUACUACAUUUUUCUCUGACUGUAUAUAUUAAUGCUGUACACCCAGGAAAAUAUGGAAUUCGCCAAAGUCCAUUUUAUUUUUUGAAGUAUUUAAAGAAAAAUAAAGUAAGCCUCGAUGAAGAUAUAGAAAACUUUGAAUAUGAUAAUGUGGGUAACGAUAAUUUUGAACUAGUUGCAAGAGGUGCAUUUACUCCUGGAAUUCAAAUACGUAAUAUUAAGAAAACAUAUAAAAGUAUUUGUUUCCGAAAAUCCGCAGUCCAAGCAUUAAAAGGAAUUUCAAUGGAUUUAUAUAAAGGACAAAUAACAGCUUUAUUAGGGCAUAAUGGAGCUGGGAAGACUACACUCAUGUCUAUAGUGACAGGUGUAACAAGUGCAACUGAAGGAAAAGUUCUCAUAAAUGGUAAAAACAUUACAAAAGAUUUACAAUCCAUUAGGAAUGAUUUGGGAUUAUGCCCUCAAGAAAAUAUGGUAUUCCCUGAUUUAAGUGUAUUUGAACAAUUAGAAUUCUUUGGUCUAUUGAAAGGUAAAAAUAAAAUGCGAAAAAACGUCCGAGAAGCUGUGAAUGUCUUACUGAAUAAGUUAAAGCUAAGUGAAAAAAGAAAUGUUCUUCCAAGCACAUUGUCUGGAGGACAAUUGAGAAGAUUGUGUCUUGGAAUGGCUCUUAUCGGCGAUGCUAGUACUAUAAUUCUAGACGAACCUACAUCAGGUAUGGAUCCAGAAACUAGAAGAGAUAUAUGGGACAUUAUAUUAAAGAUAAGAGGAAAGAAAACAAUUUUAAUUAGUACACAUAAUAUGGAAGAGGCAGACAUACUUGGAGAUCAAAUUGCUAUUAUACAUGGAGGACGAUUAAAAUGUUAUGGCUCGCCAAUGUUUCUGAAAAAGCAGUAUGGUUACGAUCACAUAGAAGUUACUUUGUCAACAAAGUCAUGGUGCAAUGCAGAUCAAAUUAUAAAUAAUUUUGAUCCAAGAACACAACAAAUAAGUGUUGAUAGCAAGAAGAUCGUUUUAAGUGUACCUAAUACUGAAACAUUACCGCUGUCUUUAGAUAAAGUCGAUAGCCAAAAAAACAAUUUGGGAAUUACGGGAAUUAGCGUAUCACUUAUCACUUUGGAAGAAGUAUUCUUAAAAGUGAUUAAAAAUGAAGAUAAUGAGAAACACUUAAACGAAUUAUUCUCUCCUCCGUCACAAAAAGUGGAUGGGUGGAGGUUGUGUAUACAGUCAAUUUUAGCAUUGUAUCACAAGAAACUGAUUUAUACUAAGAAAAAUUUGUGGAACACCUUAAUAACAUUGUUUUUGUCACUUUUAUCGUUCGUGUUAAUGAGCUUAAGUUAUGAUACACCCCGCGACUCAACAGAUGUGUUUCCAUUAGACCUCAGUAUGUAUAGACACCCAAAAGCUUUGUAUUCGUCUACGAAUGAAACAAUAGGUACAGAGUAUAAGAAUUCAAUACAGUAUUUUGGCGGAUUCGCAAAAGCGACGGAAGAAAAUAUAAGCGUAACACAAGCUUUAUUGGAUCGAGCGGUGAGAGAUAUUGCAGAAUACCGAAAUAAUUAUAUUGUUUCUGCGGAAUUUAAUACAUCUGGAGAAGUUUUGUAUGCUAAUGGCUUUUAUUCUGGAAUUGCAAUUCAUAGUAUUCCGCUAACUGUGAAUUUAUUGUCAAAUACACUAAUUAAAAAUAUGGUGGGAGAAGAAUAUUCUAUCCAUAUUUCUAGUCAAAAAUUUCCAACUGCUUUAUUCACAACGACAUUAUACAUACCAGAAACUGAGUCUUUGUUAAGAGUAUUAAUCUUCUGCUGUUUUUUCUUUUCUACUGUGGCACUUUUUGCUAUUCAUCCUCUCCAAGAAACGAAAACUAAAAUAAAACAAUUGCAGAGAAUGACAGGAGUUACCUCUUUCUCAUAUUGGCUAACCAUGUUUAUUUUCGAUUUCUUAGUUCUUGCAGUAUGCAUACUUAUUAUUAUACUAGGAUUUUACUUCAUGGAUAUUAUUUUGGAUAUACGCUUAUACUACAAGAUAGAAAUACUGAUAAUGGCAUUAUUACUGUUGCUCUUUGGCAUGAAUUCGUUGUUUAUAUCAUAUAUUUUUAGUUUUGUCAAUAAAUCAAGAAAUACUAUAAUAACUAUAUUAAGUAUUUUACCAACUGGAAUAAUUUUAUUACAAUAUCUUUUACACCAACUGAUUCAUAGUUUCAAUAAUCUAAGAGUUCUACAUUCAAUCCAAAAGAGGCUAUUUCGUCUAAUACCUCAUGUGAGUCUAUUUCAUGGUCAAUUAGCUUUCUUCAACGUAGCGCUGCAAAACGCGAGAUGUCGUCAAUUACCAAAUCAAUUACAAGAUGCAGUUUGCCUUGGUUUCUCGGAUAUUUGUUGCGAUUUGAAUUGUGCGGAUGGAGUAUGCAAGAAUCAGCUUUCUUACUUUUCUGAUGAUGAUAGUGACAUGAGCUUGAAAGAAUGCAUUAUAUUCCUGUGUCUUACACCAUUGAUUUAUUUUGCCAUACUUAUUAUUUUGGAAGAACGUUUACCACAAAUAUAUUAUGCUAAAAUGCUGAAUCAAAAUUUAAAAGACACAUGCAACAUAGAAGAUGAUCAAGUGAAGAAAGAGAAGCAUAUAGUUGCAUUAGAAAUUAGAAAAUUGCAAAAUCGUGGUGCAGGAAAAAACAUAAACGAGGAGAGGACUAAAACAGUUCCUAUCAUUGACAACAAUUUUUUAGAAAGUCCAGAAAACAACAACGAUAGUCUGUAUUUAGUUUAUGAAUUAAGCAAAUAUUAUGGUAAUUUGUUGGCAGUGAAGAAAAUUAAUUUUCGAGUAAAACGAGGUGAAUGCUUUGGAUUGCUUGGUGUUAAUGGCGCCGGCAAGAGUACUACGUUUAGAAUGUUAACUGGUGAAGAAUUACCAAGCAGUGGUACAAUGUACUUAGGGAACCUAGAAAUUCAUACUAAGAGAAAAGAUUAUCUUGCUCAAAUGGGAUAUUGUCCACAAACCGAUGCAUUGCUUAAUUCGUUGAAUGCAUUCGAUCAUUUACGAUUAUUUGCUUUACUUCGUGGUAUUCCGAAAUCGAAGGUGGAUUUAGAAGUUAAUAAAUGGAUUAAUCGACUGAAUUUAAAUGCCUGUAUGCAUCAAGCAAGCGGUACUUAUAGCGGUGGGAAUAAACGACGGUUGAACAUUGCGAUGGCCCUUAUUGGAAAUCCAACUCUGAUUCUAUUAGAUGAACCAACGACAGGAGUUGAUCCUGCGGCUAGAAGGUCGCUUUGGAAUAUACUCCAAUCCUGCCAAACAAUGGGACAAGCUAUUAUACUUACUUCUCACAGCAUGGAAGAAUGCGAAGCUUUGUGCAAUAGAUUAGUCAUUAUGGUGAAAGGUCAAUUGGUUUGUAUCGGUGCAAGUCAGGAAUUGAAACAACGAUUCGGCGCUGGUUAUGAUAUUCACAUUAAAUUAAAUCCGAAUCGAACGGACAAUGAUGUCAGCAAUAUAAAGAGGAUUAUAGAAUCUUCUUUACCAUGUGAAAUUCGGGAUGAGAAUUUGGGUCUUAUCGCAUAUCACGUGCGUGAUAUUGGAACGACCUGGGAAAGUAUGUACAGCACAAUGAACAAUUUGAAAGGCCAAUUCAGUUGUAUCGAAGAUUAUUCAGUUUUGUCUGCGACAUUGGAGCAACUUUUCAUUCAGUUUGCUAGAGGAACAUAUUCGAAUAAUAAUAAAUAAUAUAAACGUAUAAAAGUAUUAAUGUCGCGUGAU